UCAAAUAGAAAAUCAUAGAUAUAGCCGCAACUUAUAUGUCGAGUACACAUAGCCUACUAACGCAGUGGUUCUGGUACUGCUGGCUGUGAUGCGCACUUCACUGUCCGAUAAGUAGGCUAAUAGAGAUCAUUGGGCAGCAGAGGCAGGCUACACACACUUUGACAGAAAGAAGCAAGACGGUGAGUGAGAGUGAAUUGGGGGAGAACGGGAGGGUGGGAGAGCCCUCCCCCUGCCAAAUGUCUCUAUGGAUCCACUCCUUCAUAACCCCACUCUUCUCCAGCCUUGCGUAGAUGGUCAACGUGUCCAAACCGGACUGGGAAUCUGCUCACACGGCCACAGGAUGACAAGAUGAGUGCAUUAUAGAAGUUAAACUUUUCUGCCACUGCUAUUUCGUGUCUAGUGAAAGCCAAAGUAGUCAAAACACCCAGCGCAAGAGCUCUUGGCUACAUAUGAAUGUCUGCCGGUUCCCCAGCGCACCGCGCUGGUGAUGCCAUGCCGCGAAGUCACACCGGCGAUGAGAGCAGCGGCGCUGGGCUCUGGCUGAAGACACCAACAGAACACCGGACGCAGGGCUACGCACUGAAAGAUGUGGAGUCUGGGCCGAGGACGAUGAACAACGCGGUGCGGGUCGGUGACGGUCUCCUGUCUCCCUCCUCGGCAGGUGCUGUGGGAUCAGAGAGGAAGCAGGGUGCCCGGCUCAGCCUGUUGGGGAAGCCGCUGAUCUACAGCGCGCAGAGCGGCCGCAGGAACGCGCGCUACCGGCGGUUCCAGAAUUGCCUCUACAACGUGUUGGAGAGACCGAGGGGAUGGGCUUUCAUCUACCACGCUUUUGUGUUCAUCCUGGUGUUUGGAUGUCUGGUUCUCUCUGUGUUUUCCACGAUCCCUAUUCACCAGGAAUUCUCCACACACUGCCUGCUCAUCCUGGAGUUUGUGAUGAUUGUAGUGUUUGGUUUGGAGUACAUCAUCAGGAUAUGGAGUGCUGGCUGCUGCUGCCGCUAUCGAGGCUGGCAGGGACGCCUCCGAUUCGCCAGGAAGCCGUUCUCUGUUAUAGACAUCAUCGUACUUAUAGCCUCUGUUGCCGUGGUUUCAGCCGGUAGCCAGGGUAACAUUUUUGCCACCUCUGCGCUGCGUAGCCUUCGUUUCCUGCAGAUCCUGCGCAUGGUGCGCAUGGACCGCAGGGGAGGGACCUGGAAGCUGCUGGGAUCUGUAGUUUAUGCACAUAGUAAGGAGCUGGUGACUGCCUGGUACAUUGGAUUUCUGGUCCUAAUCUUCUCCUCCUUCUUGGUUUAUCUGGUUGAGAAAGAACUCAACCAGGAGUUUGCCACCUACGCCGACGCUCUGUGGUGGGGCACGAUCACCCUUACAACCAUUGGCUACGGUGACAAGACCCCGCAGACAUGGACUGGACGGUUAUUAUCAGCUGGUUUUGCUCUGCUGGGGAUCUCUUUCUUCGCUCUUCCAGCUGGCAUCCUCGGGUCAGGUUUUGCCCUGAAAGUGCAGGAGCAGCAUCGACAGAAGCACUUUGAAAAGAGGAGGAACCCAGCUGCGAGCCUCAUUCAGUGUGUCUGGCGUAGUUAUGCUGCUGAUGAGAACUCGGUUUCCAUUGCUACCUGGAAGCCUCAUUUGAAGGCGUUGCAUACCUGCAGCCCCGCCAAGAAAGAGCAAGGAGAGACUACUUACAGUCAGAAGUUGAGUUUUAAGGAGCGGGUCCGGAUGGCGAGUCCCCGUGGUCAGAGCAUGAAGAGCAGGCAGACGUCCAUCAACGACCGCCAGCGCUCAUCCCCUGGCAACGAGGUGAUGGGCGGGGCAGAUCUGAUGGGUGGGAGCCCUGCCAAAGUGCAGAAGAGCUGGAGCUUCAAUGAUCGGACCCGGUUUAGGCCAUCACUAAGGCUAAAGAGCCAGACUCGCACUGCUGUCCCAGAUGUGGACACAGGCAUGACCACGGAGGAUUCCUUUGAUGAGCGAGGCUGCCAUUGCGACAUCACAGUGGAAGAUCUUUCGGCUCCCCUCAAGGCUGUCAUCAGAGCUGUCAGUAUUCAAUUAACCAACUUUAUCCUUGAUCUAGCUUCCAACUACCGGUAUGUCUUUUCUACCCAAUGUGUGAUUCUGUGUAUGUACUGUAUAUGUACACCUGUGUCCCCUUUCUCUCCCAGACUAGACACUGUAGUGGGUCCCCCUCCAAGGCCUUUCAGCAGCCGCAUCAAGACCUUAUCCUCUCCCUCCCUGCAUUUAUAUUACAGCCAGGCCCGGAGGAAACAGUCUGCACCGGGACUGGCCAGUGCAGCGGGCUCUGGUCCCAGCCUGAGUAGCAGACCAAGGAACAUGUCUUCUCCUGCCCUGCAUUAUUAUUACAGCAACCACAGGAAGAAGCUCCCUGGCUCAGGGGUGGAUCAGAUUCUGGGAAGAGGCCAGAUUCCUGUAGAUAAGAAGAUGAAGGACAAACUGCACCCAGAUGGAGACUCCCUAGAGAGCAUGAGCAUGCUGGGACGUGUGUGUAAGGUGGAGAGACAGGUAACUUCCAUUGAAUCAAAAUUGGACUCUUUGCUGGACGUUUACCGCCAAGUCUUACACAAAGGCCCCACAGCACUCACCCUCUCCUCCCUUCCCCUUUUCGAGCUGGACAACCACCAGCAUUGCAACUCUGACUACCAGCCCUCCAUCAUUGGUGGGGAUCUACCCUCCCCCCACAGAGGUGAUCCAGCUGGAGGUGGAAGAAAUAAUAAUGGAGACAUACAUCGUUCUCUUGGCGCCAACCCUAGAGGCCUGCGGCUCAUCCUGGCACAUGCUGAUGAUGACGGACCCCCAGACUCAGCACCUCCAUCCUAUCCCCCGUCAACAGCCUCACUCUCUCCAUCACCACUGCUGCCUCCCGAUAGCCCCUACCCAACCUUGGUCACCCCCAAUGGUAACGCCAAAAGAGCACACUUCCCUGACCUCCCACCGCCACCUUCCUCAACAGGGGGUUUUACCCUCCGGCUGCCCCCCAUGAUGCAUCCCUCCCACAUCCGAUACUCCGCUGACCCCAUUCCAGAUGAAAUGGCAGAUGGAGAGCUGGUGGAUGAGGGGAGCCUGGGCCCCUCUUUUGUUGUUGGAUCCAGUGUCGACGCUGAUGAGGGAGGGGACAGUGAGGCAGGCCCCACCCAGGGAAGGGUGCAGCUGCGGGAGAAGACUGCCUUGAAAUCUGAGGGGGUUUGGAGGAGGCACAUGAGCCUGGAGCUUGAUCCCCUUCUGCUGCUCUCGUCUAGCCCAGAAGAGAAGCCUUCAGAAUUGGAAGGCAGUCAUGGAAAAUCCCUCUCUGUGAACAAUCUCAACCAGCCUUCGACCCAACGUGCCCCUGGUCUCGCCUCCGUGCUCAACAACAGCAGCAGCAGCAAUGGUAGCAAACGUGGCAAUGCCUACGGUGACCUUAGAAACUGGGAUGGAACAGAACUCUUCAUUAAGGAGUGCAAGCUAGAGCCAAAAGAAGAACAUUUCAACUUACUGUCCCAGGGACCUGACAGCUGCCCCUCAGACCUUUUACAGACUGUGGAGGAGGCUGCACCUCACCCCGAGUUUCUCUGUCAGUCCCCACACGUACAGCUGGCAUAACUAAACACACACACACACACACACACACACACACACACACUCAUACACACACACACACACACACACACACACACACACACACACACACACACACACACACACACACACACUCGCACACUGUAUGUACAAACCAUUGUUGGGAAAGCCACUUUUAAAGUAUUUUUACACUCUACAUAUAUUGUUCAAAUGUUCAAUGUAAAUGUCCAAUCAGUGCUUUCUACAUGGACAUACAAGGUUUCACAUUUUGUCUAACAUGAUUAUGUCCACUCAUUAGGGUACUAACAUUACUUUUAUGAAGAAGAAAAGUAUAAAACAUGUACGAAAGUGGUCAUAUUUACAUCAGACAAAAUACUCAAACAAUACACAAAUACAAGAUACCUUCAUUUAAGAGAAUUUGCUUUGGUCUUAUCUAAAGAUAUUUAGAUAUUUAGAGAUUCAUUUUAUUAACUUUUUUUAAGACCAUAUAAUAAUAAAAACGUUGAUGAAACAAAAUGUUUUGUUUAAAAAGAGUAAGAAAAGGAUCUUACCUGUGAUUUCUGAGCCUAGUCUAGACAUCGAAGUGUAGAUGCCAAUCAAAUAAUUUGGUUCACAACAAAAAUAUACUGUGAGUAAUGUUAACUUUCUUUUUAAAAUUCAAUUUCCAUCAAGCUUACAUUUUAAUUUUGAUAAUUGAAUGAGUGAAUCAAAUCAAAAGGAAUACUGUAUGAUUGUCUCACAGCCAAAGACAGGUGGAACUUGCAAAUGCCAAGAGUGUAGUUAAACAUAUAGGUCAACCACUUCUUUCGCAUGCAUACAUGCACACACACACACAAACACACACGCACACAAACAAACAAA